GCUUGUGUUUUGUUUCUGGCGGAAACAGCCGCUCGAGGGUGUGUUUGGGUUCUUUUGAUUAAAGUUUCCGAAGAACUUAAAUGUGUUUCUGAGAUCAGGUCAAAGAUGUACUACUAUCGAUAUGAGAAUGCAGAGGUCAGCUGCUGCUAUAAAUAUCUCAUGUUUAGCUACAACAUCAUCUUCUGGCUGGCUGGAGUUGCCUUCAUUUCAAUCGGUUUCUGGGCAUGGAGUGAAAAGGGAGUCCUGUUGGAUCUUACCCAAGUAACCCGGCUUCAUGGUUUUGAUCCAGUGUGGUUGGUCCUGGCAGUGGGGGGAGUCACCUUCAUCCUGGGUUUUGCUGGCUGUGUGGGAGCUCUGAGAGAAAACAUCUGUCUGCUUAAGUUUUUUUCUGGUGUGAUCGGCUUCAUUUUCAUCCUGGAGCUGACAGCUGCAGUUCUAGCAGUCGUUUUCCAGAGUCAGGUCAGACAGUGGUUCAACGACUUCUUCUUAGCGAACAUCAAAGCAUACAGAGAUGACAUUGACCUGCAGAACCUCAUUGACUCUCUGCAAAGAAUGAACUACUGCUGUGGAGCUCAGGAACCAGACGACUGGGAUCUGAAUGUCUAUUUCAGCUGUAAUGGGACUCAUCGCAGCAGAGAGAAAUGUGGUGUUCCUUUUUCCUGCUGCAUCACUGAUCCUGCUGACUCGGUGGUGAACACUCAGUGUGGCUAUGAUGUCAGAAACGUCCCAAAGAGAGAGUGGAGUAGCCAUAUCUACACUAAAGGAUGUAUCCCUGCAUUGGAGGACUGGUUACCUGGAAAUCUCUACACAGUUGCAACCGUCUUCAUUGUCAUCUCUUUGCUGCAGAUGGUGGGGAUCUACCUUGCCAGGACUCUGAUAUCUGACAUCAUGAAGGUCAGAUAUAGCUACUGAAGCUUGGACUGCAGGGAAAGUGGCCUAAACUUACACAGGGGCCCCCUAUAGCAGUGGCCCUUAAAGGUGUUACUGGACCAAUAUUCUUCAGUCAGAUGUGCCUUCUUCUUCUUCUUCUUCUUCUUUUUAUUUUUUGUCAUUCUUCCUCUUUAGCGGCUCUGCCUUAUCAGCCCUCAUUUCAUGUCAUCAGUAAAGUCAUCUUCUGAUGAUUAUGUUGCAAUGGAACCUUUUCAGCCAUGAAAGAGGAAUGCGCUGUUGUCUUUUCGUUCUGGACGCUUCAGACUCUACUUCUUUUGUUCUAUCUGUGAAAGUUUCAUCAUCUGAAAGGACACUGCUCACCAGAUUGCCUUCAAAUCAAACUGGCUCAGUCUUUUUUGUGAAUGUUUAUGAACUUUGACGUGAUUGGCUGUAAACCACUCAGUGCCUCCAGUAUCCCCAUCGUCAUCAUCAUCAGUCAUUAUCACCAUCAUCAGAUUGUACUCAGGUCUUAUAACUCCAAACAUGUGUCUUAUUGAUUGUUAUUUUGUCAGUAUAACUUGAAAAAGUCUUAAAAUGUUUUGUUUGCAUUAAAAACUUAAAAACAGGCGAAAAAAGAAUGAAGAGAAAACAAGCCCAGCAGGAAAAUAACCAUCCAUCACCCAGACAUUCUCUGAUUGAUCUGUUUUUCUUGUUUUAAAUGUCUGAUGUAAUAUCAGGCAUCAGGGGUCUAAAUCCAGCUGGGCCAAUGAGAGAAGGAUGAUCCAGUGAUGUCAUCCUGUUUCUCACUGCAGUGACAUUUACAGAAAUCUGACAGCUUUGUGUUCAUAGUAAACAUAAAUUAUUGAUUGAGAUUACAGUCUUUAUCAGCCUGUUUCAGAUUGAUCAGAUCUGUUUGUAUGAAAAUAUUACCAACCCAAAGCUGAUGAAUCAUCAUUUAUGACAACAAGGAGAAAUAGAAAUAUUUGCAGUGCAUUAAAAAGCAUUCAAAUAACCAGUAUAGGUUAUCAGAAUCCUAAUCUUCUGUGAUCUCGUGAUUUAAACUUGUUCAUAUUUUUAUGAGGUUUAAUUUCAGUAUCUUGAGUAAGAAUAAAACUUUAUUGCUCAUUGACUCACUGGAACCAUUUCCCUGUUUUAUUUCAGCAACAAACAAACCAGAAAAGGUUUUAUAUGAAGAAACUUAACAGUAAAACCACGUGAAACUACAACGUGAAAACAAACUCAGUCUGAAGUGCAGACUGUUCCUUUGUGACAUUGCCUGUGUGACUGAUGAAUAGACUUUAAGCAUUAUUGACACUGGAUUCAUAUUAGCUGAACUUUUUAGUUUGAAUGAAGAUUUCAAUGUGAUGAGCCAUUUAAAAAAUAACUUUUAUUUCAAUGUUCUGCUUUUGCAGAUUUAUUUCUUUCAGUUUAUGAUUUUAUUUGUAAAGUGUAUGUUUGAAGUUUGAGCCGGAUGACUUAUUCUGAAGGCACAUGUUUUUAUAUCAAAGGGAAUUUGUACGUCUUCUUGUACUCUACAAAAUAAAAAGUUUGGUUUGCCUUCUUUCAUAUCGUUAUUUGUUCAUAAUCCUGUAGUAGACUGGAUCUUAAUGUUGCUUUUAGUUAAAGAAUUUCUAUGUUUGAAGUGUACUUCUUAGAAUUGUUCAGUAUUUUUUCUUUUUCAUGUUAAUUUUAACCCUUAUGCCCUCCUCAGGCAUUUUUGUCCAUUUUUAUCAACUCUUUUUUUGUUAAAUUUGUGAUCAUUUUGGCAGUUUUAGAGCUUGUGGCAUGAUUUUUCUUUCUAGUUAAAUUUUUGAAAUCCAACAUGUUUUACUCUUAUAUGUCAUUUAUACUCUAUUGAUGCAUUUUAUACCCUCUGGACCCCUUAAGGAAAAAAUGUACACGUACAAAAAACUGCCAUUAAAUCACCAUACAU